AUGCGAACGACUUCUGUGUUUGAGGAAAGACGGUUUGACACAGCGCUGACGCACAUUGAGUUCUCAAAGAAGUGUAUUAAAAACAAAUUGUCAAUGCUGAGGCUGUACAAUAAGCGAUGGUCGGAUAAAAAAUUAUUACACCCUGGACACCUGCCCCGGACACCUGCCCCGGACAACUGCAACCCUGGACACCUGCCCCGGACAACUGCAACCCUGGACACCUGCCCCGGACAACUGCCACCAUGGACACCUGCCCCCCUAGACAACUGUCACCACACAACUGUCCCCCAGACAUCUGCCCUCAGACAUCUGUCCCCAGAACAACUGUCCCCCAGACAUCUGCCCUCAGACAACCCCAACAGCCCAAGACCUGUCCCCGUACAACUGCCCCCAAACAACCCCCCAGACAACUGCCCACCAGACAACUGCCCCCAGACAACUGCCCCACUGCCCACCAGACAACUGCCCCCAGACAACUGCCCCACAUACCGCCCACCCCAGACAACUGCCCCCAGACAACUGCCCACCAGACAACUGCCCCGACAGCAACCCAGACAACUGCCUCCUGGACAACUGCCCCCAGCCAAGACAACCCCCCAGACAACUGCCCAGACAACCCCACCAGACAACUGCCCACCAGACAACUGCCCACCAGACAACUGCCCACCAGACAACUGCCCCCAGACAACUGCCCACCAGACAACUGCCUCCUGGACAACUGUUCCCCCAGAACUGCCCCCAGACAACUGCUCCCAGACAACUGCCCACCAGACAACUGCCCACAACAGACAACAGAGACAACUGGACAACUGCCUGGAGACAACUGGACAACUGCCCCCAGACAACUGCCCCAGACAACCCCCCCACACUGCCCCUGGACAACUCCCCAGACAACUGCCUCCUGGACAACUGCCAGAAAACCGCCCCAGACUCCUGCCCAGACCCCCAACUGACCCCUCCUGGACAACUGCCCCCCCAGAACAACUGCCCCAGACAACUGCCUGA